CUUUGUUCGUAUCCAAUAAAUACUUUCUUGUUACUUUUAUUAGUUAUUUCUAAUAGAGCUUAGUUGUUUCUUCUCAUAGAAUUUGAUUCUUUUCUAUUUCUCUAUUAUUAACAUUUGUCUCUGCUAUCACUUUUAUUCGUUACAAGGCGUACUUACAUAGACCACUUGUGGAUUGUUAUAAUUUGUUUUUAGUGAGUUAAUAGUUGACUCAUUUAUCUGUGAUUCAUUGUUUAAAAUACAAAAAUCUUAUCCAUGCCAUGUAGUGAACAUUCAAUAUAAGUAAUUAAUCAAUUAGGCUAAAUAUACUAUCUCUACACCUAUAGAUUUCUAGUCGUUCGAUUUUUUGUCGUCCUUAUAAACUCUACUAGAUUGAACGGAACUUGAAAAACAAUCUAUUCAAUCUAAUAUAAUCAAUUUAUAGGGACGGAAAUAAAUCGUACGUUCAAUUAAUUUAUCUAUCAGAAUUUGAUCGUUCUGUAGUAACAUAAUCUAAAUUAAAAUUACAUUAUCGACUGUUGUAGGAUGUAUAUAUCCCAUUAACCAAUAAAAUUGUUAUCUUGCAACAUCAUCUAAUGACAACUGCGUGCAACUAUUGUUAACAACUAGUUAUUAAAAUCUGUUUUAGUGAAUGACGUCAGAUGGGUCAUUUCACUCUUGACUGAAAUUCAUAGUAAACGUUAAUUGGAAAGCUCAUCAAAAAUAUUAUUUAAUCUGGAGAUAACCUUAACCGCUGAUUGUCUAACGUAUCAUUGCUGAGUUUUAUUGAAAAGGUCACCCAUAAUUUAUUGAUCGCAUUAUAGAAGAGUUUUUCUGCGAGCAGAAUUUCUGUAGCUUCUUUACAUUCACUGCAGUCGUGAUAUGUUUUCAAGAUUGCGAAUAUUUUAGUGAAUUUUUGUGUGAUGGUUCUAUGUGAUAUUCAAAAAGUUCUUAUCCCAAAAUAGUUUCAACUUCUGGAUUUUUUCCCAUCAAGGAUUUAGGGAUAUCAGUUUGAUUUGGUGAUUUGUGAGCAAGUUGUGAAGAAGCGAAGAUGCUAGGCGCACUGAAGUCGUCUCCCAUUGGGAGAUGCCUCGCCUUCCUCAUGGCGAUGAACUUCUUUCUGUCGGGUCUGGUCAUAAAUGCGGCACAAUGUGUCCUCUACUAUGGACUCAGGCCUUUCAGCAAGCACGCUUAUCGCAAAGUCAACUACUACCUCGCCUAUUCACUCUACUCUCAACUAGUGUUCAUGGCGGAGUGGUGGUCAGGUACUGAUGUGCAUAUCUACAUAGACAAAGAUGAUUUCGACAAGUAUUACGGCAAAGAGCAUGGCUACCUGGUCAUGAACCAUCGGUACGACGUGGACUGGCUAGUCGGCUGGAUAUUCUGCGACCGAAUCAAAGUGCUAGGGAACUGUAAAGCGUAUGCGAAAAAAUCGAUUCAGUAUCUGCCGACAAUGGGAUACGCGUGGAAGUUCGCUGAGAGUGUUUUUCUAGAAAGGAACUGGGAUAAGGAUCGUGAAGCUAUUGGCACGCAAGUUAGAGAACUAGCACAAUAUCCUGAUCCAAUUUGGUUACUGCUGUUCGCCGAGGGCACCCGUUUCACAGAGGAGAAGCACGCGGCCAGCCUGGAGUUUGCCAGGAAGAAGGGUCUCCCAGAACUGAGACAACAUCUCACUCCGCGCACCAAGGGCUUCACGUGCAGUGUGCCCCAUCUCAGGGACAAGGUGCCUGCAGUCUACGAUGUGCAACUCGCUUUCAAAGAGAAUAGCGAGACUCGGCCAACUGUAGCAUCGAUGCUGAAGGGCAAGCCACUUGAAGCGCACAUGUACAUCGAGAGAAUCCCCAUCUCCCAAGUUCCCGAUGACGAGGAGGAAGCUGCCAACUGGCUUAGGGAUCUCUAUCUCAAGAAAGACAAAAUGAUGGAAAGCUUUCUGCGUCACGGCGACUGGUUCGUUGACAGCGGCGUGCGUCGCGUGGAGGCGUUCAAGCUGCCUCGUCGCUGCUACUCGCUACUCAACGUGGUCUGGUGGGGGUUCGUCCUCAUGAGACCUCUGCUCUACUUUGUCGUCGACCUCCUCGCGUCGGGAUCGACUUUCUCCAUUGGCGUCGGCGUCACUGUAUUCCUAGUAUUAUAUUUCUUACUCAACAACUUGAUCAACCAGACGAAGAUCAGUAAAGGUUCGUCUUAUGGCAAGACUACCCCCACCACUCCGUCGCAGUCCAACAGCUUCUCCAACUUAAAGCAGGACUAGACGUCUGCCAUCUGUCAUCUGCCUGUUAUCACAGCCUGUCUGUAUUCAUUCAUUCAUCAUUCAAACUUGACAACAGGCUACGAUUCGUAUUUUUUUUAUAAAGAAGAGCCUCUGUGUAUAUUGUUGGAACAAACGGACAUUUCUGUGUGAAGCUUACUAGUGUUUGUUAUAGUGGAGACAUCACUCACGGUAUUAAGCCAUCUAUAGUGAUCUAUUUUGUUAAGAUAGUUUUAAGUACGGUAUGUUUUUUGCAAGUGUAAGGGUACACCCUCCCGCGGAUUGUAUCCAAACCUGACAGUUUUUUGAGAAAGAAUUGUCAAGUAUAUGUGUGUAAGGUUAAUGCGAGUGUAAGGUAUACCUUCCCACGGAUUGUAUCCAAACCUGACAGUUUUUUAAGAAAGAAUUGUCAAGUAUCAGUGUGUUUAACUUAUUUUCACUAUGAAUCAUCCAAGUAGGAGAAAGAAACAAUAUUUUUUGUACAUACUUUAUUUUUCAAUACUUGUUAUUGUUGUUUAAUUAAUUAAUUUUAGGUCUACCUGUAGUGGUCAGAGUUGAGAAUUGUUUUGGCAUAGUUGUUUUUAUCUGUAGUUUUCGAAAUAUUUACUUCCCAAGUUUGAAAACAGAUAUUAUUUUGUUGUAAAACACAGUUUAUUCUGUGUUGUUUGAGAAAUAUUUUAGACUGUGAUUUGGUGUAGGGUGCUGAGAAAGUUUUUAGGAAAAGCUUGUAAUUGAUUUAUGUAGGGAAAGGAUCGAUAAACUGGAAUAUCGAUAAGAGAAGUAUCGAUAAACUCCAAUAUCGAUUUGAAAAUUAUCGAUAAACUAAUAUCGAUUUUUGGAUGAACGAAUUCUAAUUUUAGGCUUUCUUUAAAAUGUUUAAGCUUUUUCUCUCAACUCUCCUGUAAUUCGUAGGAUUAUCUAUGUGUAUCGUAUAUUCGAUGUGUUCAAUGAUCAUUCAUUUUCCUUUUCAUCAGUAACUAUCAUUUUCUUUUCAUUAGUGAUUCAUUAGUAUCAUACGCCUCUUCUCUCUUUAGAAAAAAAUGAAUAUUUUUAGUUAUUUAGAGUUGUCUGCCUAAACUAACUAUUUUUUAGUAUCAAUAAAUCUUUGAAUAUCUUUUUGAAUCGAAUUUUUCUUCUGAGUCGACAGUUAUUAUUACGUGUUCAACCCAAUUUUAAAAACUUCUUUCCUAAUGUACAUUUUUGAAUCCGUUUUAAUGCUGGAUUUUUAAAUUUUACACAAAAAUUGGGUUAUACCAAUGCUUUUUAUGAGAUAGAUUUUAUACUGAAUAUUAUUAUUAUUGUCAUGUGUUUAAAAUUGUUUUAAAAUUAUUAUUGUUUUGUCCAGAAUCAGUUGAGUCUCUUAUUCUUCUUUUUUAAUUUUAUUUUAUUAGUCUUAUUUUUUUAACCCUGAUCAAUUCUCAUUUCACAUCAAUUCCAGUUGGUAGUUUUUGUAAUAAUGGUUUUUUAUUGAGUGAAUAUUAUGAAUGAUUUGACUGCUUUCAUUGAUAAGUAAUUAAUAAAUUUGUAAAAUCAAUAGUUCUAUAUUGAAUCUACUAUUAUAUCAUACGCACUUAUCCAAUGAGAAAUUUUCAUUGAUAAAAUGUAAUCAAAAUAUGUCAAGUUGUUACAAUUGUUAUAAGUUUCACAUAAAUCUCAUGUAAAUGUGCCAAUUAAUUUUAUAUGAGUCAUCCGUCAUCAUUCAUUAAUUUUAAUUGAAAAAAAUUGAUGGAGUUUGUGUAGUUUUUUGAUAAGUUUCAAAUUUGGUAGUAAUUCUACCAAUAUCGUUUCCACAAACUUUGUUUACACUAAUUUUAUCUGAAUCUAUUUGAUAUGAUACAGAAAAUGUUCAUGGAUUAACAUUUAAUUGAAAUAAAUUGUAUGGUGUAAUGUCUUGCUAA